AUGUCGGCAAAUCGACGAGGUUUGAGGGACCAUCGCAUUUCGAACCUACUAUUGAAUCUUGACGCGUCAGAUUGUGAAGGCAUUGACGAGGACGAGGAGGAUGAAGACCUGCAGGUGGAUAUGGCAGGUAUCAACGAAAACGUGGUACCCCGAGAAUCUGAAAGCGAGUGGGAAGAGUCUGAUGAAGAGCCCCUUUCCAAUGUUGCCCAUUCAUCUCGUACUUCUGCUUCUGGGUGA